CCUGGCCAAUCAGUUUGCAGGAAAUGAUCCGAUACCCAUAGCCACCAGUUUAGAUACGAAACCUGACACGGGUCUAAAUUUCAACCCUGAAAACACAUGUCCGGCGGGCCCCACUUGCUCGGUAAUCCACCGCCACCAUCUUCUCUCUCGCUCUCUCAAUCUCUCUCUUCCUCCUCUUUUUUUUUUCACUGUUUUCAUGUCCCAAACAAAAAAGGACAGACUUUUUUUUACCCUUUGGUACUGUGAAGUUAUUUGAAAUUUGUUGAUUAAAUGCUCUCGUUGUUCUGCUUUGGCUGCUUGUUCUUGGAGAAAACUUGAGUGGGAAGUGUUUGGCGAUGUUUGAGAAGCAAUACCUGUUGAAGCUGCGUUUGUUUGGAUUUUGGGAUUUGCUUUUUUCUUGGUUUUCUAGCUAUGUUUGAUUGGAACGACGAGGAGUUAACAAAUAUCAUAUGGGGUGAUGGUGGAGAAAGUGAUGAUCACAUUGUUCCAUAUCCUGAUCAAAUCGAAGAGAAACCCCCGAUAUUAUAUGGGAAAGAAUCUAAUCACCAAACUUCAACUAUUAUUAGCCCGCUUCAACUGAAAAAACAUACUGCCAAGCCCGAAUCUGAUGAUUCUACAAGAGCUUCUGCCUCAAAUGACAAAUCAACAAGCCCCAAAAUCAGCUCCUUACCAGAUGAGAUGGCGCAAUUGGAUAAAGAUUCAGGAAUAUUUGAAAAUCCAGCGGAAGAUAGAGAAGACGGUGACUUUGUUGACUAUGGAUGGGCAAAUAUAGGAAGUUUCGAUGAUCUAGACAGGAUAUUUAGCAAUAAUGACCCAAUAUUUGGGGACUUGAGUGUCGAUAAUGCUGAUGAGCUAUGGCCAUCUUCCAAAGACUUGACCAGCAGCCAUAUUGACUCAAAUCCUUUGUCUGCCGAUUCUUCUGAUUUGCCGAUUGGAGCAUUUAGGAACUCAGUGAAACAAUCUGAGAUAAAGGAUGUACAGGCAAGCAUAGAUACUGUUGAAAAUUCUGGAGGUAAAAGUGACCUAUUACUAAAAGAAAAGAGUUGUGUUAUGGGUGAAAAGAUCAAAACAUGCAAUGAGCAAAUUAAUGAUGGAACUGGCACUAUCCUUAAUGACUUCCGGAACAAAGGCAACAGGAAGAAAAAGUUAGCCAAGGGUGAGGAAGCAAGCAAGAAAAGUGAAAGCAAGGCAUGGGCCAAGCCUUAUCAACAAUUUAACAGUCCAAUCACCCAUCAGCAAAUCCCUUUGUAUGGUAGCAACAUGAUGAAUCAAUACUUAUCCUCACAAUUCCAUCCUUUGGAGAGAAAAAAUCACGAACAAGGCGAUUUGCUGCCGGCUAUGACGCCCAAAGAAAAAAUCGAGAAGCUGAGGAGACGGCAGCAGAUGAGGGCAAUAAUGGCAAUUCAAAAGCAGCAGCUGCACUUCAAAAAUCAAGCUUCUCAGCAUUCGAAAGUAGUAGCUGCAGUUGAGAACUAUCAUUCGGUUUUCGAAAAUUACUCGGUCGAGGAAUCGGUGCUAUACCGGCUUCAAGAUCACAUCUCUAAAAUGGACAUGCGAAUAAGACUUUGCAUACGGGACAGUUUGUAUCGGCUGGCCCAAAGUGCUAUGUGGAGGCAAUAUCCAAAUGAGAUGAGCAGCACAAGCAGCAGAGAUGAACUUGGUAGCAACAAAGAUUUAAAUGGCCAUGAGAGGUUUAGUAGAAUGCCAGAUGUAGAGACAGAUACAAACCCGAUUGACCGUACAGUGGCCCAUUUGCUCUUCCAUCAGCCUAUUGAAUUCUCUGGCAAACCUGCUGAGCCACCUGAAUCAAAACCUCCUACUGCCAUAUUUCCACAAGGAGAUGAGUCUCAAAAUGAUCUUUGUUUUGUUACAUCCAAAAAUGCUAUGAACAGUGAAAAUACAGAUGUAGUCGAGAUGAAUGUCGAAAAAUCUUCCAAAUGAAGAGGGAAAAAAGAAGAAAAAAGGAUUGGCCCUCCAAAUGUUUAUCAGGGUAAUUCCUUCGUUUUUUUCUGACUAUCGUGUUGGUAUGGAUUGAGGAUUCUCUUUUUCAUUGCUAGCCGACUGGAUUAGUUACAUGCUUGGUUGCAUAAUUACAUGUUACAGUGAACUCACGUAAAAAUUUUAUUUUUAGUGGGAUGUGAAAUUUACCGAGCUGCUCUCGGUAAAUCUAUGAUGAAGACUUGUAACCUAUUUAUUCGUGUUUUGACUUUGAAGUGGUGAAGCUACUUGAACAUGUGACUUUAUGACUACUGUGAAAAGGUGCAUCAGUGUAUGGAUCUGUGGGUUUUUUAAUAUAUAUGACCUCAUCUUUUUCUCUUUGAUUGUCU